AUGGAUGUAAGAAAUCAGUAUAUAGUUUCUGAAUUUGUGUUGAUGGGAUUCACCAAUUUUUGGGCGAUGCAACUCUUUUUCUUUGUGUACUCCUCUGUGUUGUUUUUGGCAAUUAUACUGGGAAACAGCUUGAUUGUACUUAUGGUGGCCUUUGACUCUCACUUACAAUCCCCCAUGUACUUCUUCCUGGCCCAACUCUCUUUCAUUGAUAUGAUUGAUUCCUGCAUGGUGACGCCCAAGAUGCUUGCUGACAUUUUUAGGAAGCAUAAACUCAUUUCCUUUGGAGGCUGUGUUUCUCAGAUCUUCUUUAUUCAUGCUGUUGGGGCUACUGAAAUGGUGCUUCUCCUAGCCAUGGCUUUUGACCGCUAUAUUGCAAUAUGUAAGCCCCUCCAUUACCUGACUAUUAUGAACCUAAGAGUGUGCAUAUCUAUUGUGGUCACAUUCUGGACGAUUGGAAUUUCCCACUCCUUCAUCCAAUUGGCUUUUGUGAUAAAGUUGCCCUUCUGUGGCCCUAACAAAAUAGACAGCUUUUACUGUGAUCUUCCAUGCUUCAUUAGUCUUGCCUGCACAGACACUUACAGACUGCAGUUCUUGGUUACUGCCACUAGUGGAUUUAUCUCUCUGGGAGUCUUUUUCAUUUUGAUCAUUUCAUACUUUGUCAUCCUGAUCAGUGUCAGGCAGCACUCUUCUGGGGGUUCAACAAUGGCCCUCUCCACACUGUCAGCUCACAUUGCAGUGGUGAUUUUGUUCUUUGGUCCGUGUAUCUUUGACUAUGUGUGGCCAUUUCCCAGAUGGCCAGUAGACAAAUACCUUGCCCUUUUUGACUCAAUUUUAACUCCUUUUCUGAAUCCCAUCAUCUACACAUUAAGGAAUAAAGAGAUGAAAGUGGCCAUGAAGAAAGUAGGGGAACAACUGUUGGUUGUGAAGCGAGGAGAGCAUGAGAUUCUAUAUCAGUCAUGUGAUCCUACACAAGACACUUUUCUCCUGUGA